UGUGUGUGGGUGUGUCUGUCGUCAUUUUCCGAUGCUAAUGGUUAGCCUUUUGUGCCCGUCCUGGUUGUUUUUGACAUUUCUUCUUCAUUGAAUUACACUGAGAGCUUCCAUUAAUGGUAUUGAUCAGCUGAACAGCAGCUAACCCUCCACUGGUGUCUCCCCCAGCUGUCAGCCUGACCCACUGGGUUACAUCUCAACAAGUAUGCAGUCAUAGGUGUCACCCCUACAUGGUGUCCACUAGGGGUGUCCCUUAUCCCAUUUUCAAAAACCUUUGGAGCCUAAAACCAUCAAAUUAUAUUAAAUUGUUUUUUGUCAAAGUGUCAAAGUGACACUUUGGUGGAAAGAUGAAGGAAAAGUGCAUUUCCGAAAAGCUGUAAUCCUCUGUGACAUCGUAUUUGGAUGUAACCUGAUACCAAACGUGUCUAAAGUGUUUUGAGCUGGUUCCACCAGGACCCAUUAAGUCACUGUGGACUCGUGCAUUAGCCCAACUGAGGCCCACAGACACCAGAGGCAGCCCACAUCCAUUACAUCUAUCCAACCCAGUCGGAUGAUCGAGGCGAGUUUUAUUGAUAUUUACUGAAAUUUGAAUCUUAAAUGUCAGCAGUCACAUCAGUGAAGAGGCUGAGACGCAAAUGAUGUCACUAAUGGUUCUGUCCCAGUCAGAAACACAGUGUGUGUGUGUGUGUGUGUGUCUGUCUGUCUGUUAUGAUAGGGACAUUUUGGUGGUAAAAUAUUGAUGUGGGGACAUUCAUCCUGUCCUCAUCCCUGUGGGACUCCCUCCCCUGCAGUGAUGGUUUGUUGAGGUUUAGUUUGGAGUCGGUGGUAAAGUUAUAGAGGAAUCCAUUUUGUUUUCCUGUUUAAUUUUACUGCUAACAAACUCAUUUGGAACCUGUUGUCAGGUAAAUGGAGGUGCAGGACAGAAGCCGCUCUCCAUCCCGUAGGACCAGCAGGGUGGAGCAGGUGGUUGGUCGAUGGCUGAGACGGUCCAGAGACCUGGGCAGCAGGUCUCACUCUCUGGGCAGAGACCGUGCUGCUGGAGAUGGGAAGACAGCUGAGUCCAGUGGCCUGGAUCACAGAAGUUAUUCCUUCCGCUUCACCGUACAGAUUCAACAGGAUCAGGCCUUCUCCUCUCAUGGACUCACUCUGUCCUCCCAGACGCCCAUUCUGGUUGAAGACGUCAUCCCAGGUGGUCCUGCAGAUGGUCGGCUCGUCCCAGGCGACCAGCUCGUGAAGAUCAAUAACAUCGCUGUAGAUGACCUGACCCCGGAGCAAGCUGCUGAAAUAAUCAGGGAGUGUCAGGAUUCACUGAUCAUGACUGUCCUCAGAACAAUGCUGGGCCCAAAGUCUUCGUUCAUCACACCGGAGAAGAGAGCCAAGCUCAGGUCCAACCCUGUCAAAGUUCACUUUGCUGAGGAGGUGGAGGUCAAUGGACACUGUCAGGGAAACUCUCUGCUGUUCCUGCCCAACGUUCUGAAGGUUUACCUGGAGAACGGUCAGACCAAGGCCUUCAAGUUUGAACCCAGCACCACAGUCAAGGACAUAGUGAUGACACUGAAGGAAAAGCUCUCUCUGAGCCGCAUAGAGCAUUUUUCACUGGUCCUGGAGCAGCAGCACAGCAUCAGCAAACUGCUGCUGCUGCACGAAGAGGAGAGGAUACAGCAGGUGGUCCAGAAGAAAGAGGCCCACGACUACAGGUGUCUGUUCAGAGUUUGCUUCAUGCCCAGAUCCCUCCAGUCUCUGCUGCAGCAGGACCCCACCGUCUUUGAGUAUCUUUACCUGCAGGCUGUCAACGACGUUCUGCAGGAACGUUUCGCAGUAGAGAUGAGAUGCAACACUGCUCUGCGACUGGCCGCCCUGCACAUCCAGGAGAGGCUGGCCAGCUGCGGACAGUCGCCCAAGACCAACCUGAAGACUGUCACGAAAACAUGGGGAAUAGAGAACUUUGUGUCGUCCACGUUGUUGAGGAACAUGCGGGAGAAAGAUCUGAAGAAGGCCAUCAGCUUCCACAUGAAGAAGAGCCCAUCACUGCAAGAUCCCAAACAGAAGGGUUCCUCUGUCAACCAGGCACGGAUCAACUACCUAGAAGAGCUGGGGGAUCUCAAGUCAUUUGGGGGGAAGACCUUCAGUGCCACCAUGAUGCUCCAAGACAGAGAGUCCACAGUCACCCUGCUGGUGGGAGCGAGGUAUGGGGUGAGUCAGGUGGUGAACCACAAGUUGAGCAUCCUGUCCUCCUUGACUGAGUUCACCUGCAUCACACGCAUUGAGCUGCUGCCUGAAUCAGAGAAGGUCAGCCUGGUGAAAAUAUACCUGCAGGACAUCAAGCCCAUCACAUUACUGCUGGAGACUUCAGCGGCCAAAGAUCUGUCCUGUCUGAUAUCGGGAUACUGUCGAGUCUUCGUCGACCCCAACCUCAACCUCUUUGCCUGGACAGAGGAGCAGAAGAAGCACAGAGUGUCUGCUGAGGAAGGUUACGUGUCCAGAUGUGGCAGCGACUCAGACGACACCUCCGACCUGGACAUGGAGCCACUCAUCACGCUGCCCUCGGUCAACGACAGGCCACGAUCUAGAAAGAGAUCCUCCUCCUCUGAACCUGACGGCCGACAGAGAAAAGACAAAGAGAGAAGGAGGAGAAGUAAAGAUGAGAGGGAAAAGGCAGAGAGACUUUUGGACCGUAAAAAACCAGAGGAGGAGAAAGAUGUUGACACGGAGAAGGAGCGGUCGCCGCAGGAGAGCAAAACCGAAGACAACGGGAAUAUCGAGGAGACGGAAAUAAACGAAUCACAAGAGCAACAGAAAAGAGAGGAAGACGAAGUGAAGCCCCCCGAUGAUGAGGAGCAACGCUGCGUCUCAGAGGCUUCAGAUUCUUGUCAAACCGACUCCCGUGUCCUCACCAGCCCUUCCAGUGACUCCCUCGAUGCGUUGGAGGAGGACGAUUUUCUCCAGUGUUCCUCGUCCUCACAAACCCGUUGCGACUUCCCUCUUCAGCUUAAUCCCUACUCCCACAGCCAAGUCCAGCCGCACCUCCUUGCUCCUCCACCAGCUCACUCCCAUCCACUCUUACACAUAACAAGUCUAGAAACAGGAAGAGGAAGAGGGCAGUGCAGGAGGUCUGGGGGCGGAGCUGACACUCAACUGUUUGACCCUGUCUCCACCUGGGACACAGUCCACCCAGCUGGGAAAGAUCCAGGGUUCUCCUGCUCUGACCAAAGCUCUCUCUGCUUCGCUGACCUCUCUCGCCUGGUGGAUCUGCUGCCCAGCCCUCCAGAGGCUAGCGAUGAUGAUGAUGAUGAUGAAGAAGAGGAUCUGCGGAGGAGAAAAAAUAAGUUGUUAACAGAAAUGGAGACCUCAGAGAGGAGAGCAGGUGAAGUGGUGGGUCUCACCGUGGAGGGAGGCUCUGGGGGGAGCCCCCUCUCUGUAUCCCCGUCCUCCUCCUACCUCACAGAGUCUGUGUUCAAUUUCGACCAGAGUGACACUCGCUGCUACUACAAACUCUGCUCCAACAUCACCCCCGACAGCGCCCGUAGUCUCCCCCACCCUCACUGUCAGAGUGAAGCCAGAAACUUGGAGAAGUUGGAGGGAGAUGAGGAUAAAACAGUGCCAAUCCUCCAGCCUCCUCCUGGAUUUGGAGACAGCAGCUCUGACGAGGAGUUUUUUGAUGCCAGGGAUCGUUUAACUUCCCCUGAAGACCUGGCUGCAGGAGCUGUGCUAAGAGGCGAUAACAUGUCAACAUGUGGUUGUGCAGGUAUCUCUCCAGAGAUGAAGCUGGAUUUCCUCAGCCUCAGUGACAUCACAGUCUCUGUUGUUGACGGCGACAACAUUGAAAAAGAGACAGAAGAAGAAUUGGCACCGGAGACAGAUGUUGGAGAAACACUAUUCCAGCUCAGAAGAAGGUCACGAAAGCGGCGUUCCUUCAUGGAAACCACUUACACCUCAAUGGUGUCGUACCCAGGACCAGACCCAGAGUCACAGAAGGACACUGGACUUCAGAAAGGCUUCCUGUCAGAUGUUGAUGCUGCACAGACGCUCAGUUCAGUUUCCAAACCUCCAUCCCAAACUCAGAAUUCCAGUCCUACUGUCUCCUCUUUGAUUUACUUUGAAGGAGAACCAGCUCAGCUCGAGUCCAAACCCAUCCAAUCAAAAGCCAAAUCAGACAGUCUCUCCCAGACAGAGGCCAGAAACCCACAGACGUCCUGUAGGACCAGGAAGCAGGAAAUGGAGAUGGAACCUGAUGCAAUGGAAUCAAAGUCAGUCACAGAUCUGGUGAAGGCUACAUCUCCGACCAUCACUGUUGUUCGCUGCAGGGUAGAUCCAGAUGGGAAGGAGAGUGCUGACCGGAGAGGUGACGGGAAGGAGGAAGAGGAAGGACAGGGGGAGGUUGAAGAUGGUAGAGGGGAAGGAGACCUGCAGCUUACUGGUCACAUGUUUUUACCAGUAGUUGUUGAGGAGACACAGAAGAAGGAUGUGAGGGACGAAGGGACAGCUGAAGUGAGACACUUCGACUGGAGGGAGUCCAAAGGUACAGUUCACCAAGACAGAACCUGUAGUGUAGCCGACUGUGACCCUGAACAUGUACUGGAAUUUUCCAACCCAACCUCCUACUCACCACCACCGCCUCCUCCUCCAUCAUCUCCUCUACCUUCAUUACCAGACGUCUCCAAGUCCCAGAGUGACCCCUCAGUGAAGACAGGAGAUGAAAGCAGGAACAAAGAGACGGUCCCAGUGUCUGCUCAGGACUUAGAAUGGUCCACUAACAAAGCACAAACACAUCUACAGGUUCCACGUGGUGUGGUCGAAGACGGACCCGCUGGUGUGGUCAGUUCUGCCGAUGAGGUCAGCGACAGCACUAAUUCGGACAAUGUCUUCGAGGAUGAGGAAGUGAGCGUUUCACUUAAUUGUAGUUCAGUUGAAUCCAGAAGGGUUGGUUCUGGUUACUCCUGCCCUGUCAGUUCUCUAGCAGCAGAACCUGCUGGGGUUGUAACUAGUAACACACUGUAUGACUCAAAAUCAAUACUGAAACACACAGGUGUGUCAAACAACAAUGACGACACACCCAGGAAUGACUGGAACAUUCCAACUGAAGCACAGCGUGGACUUGGUUCAGUCAGGACUGAGGCAGCAGUGAUCCACGUCUCCAAAGAGCCUCUGUCACCAACUCCCUUCCUCUUCCACUCAUGUUCUCCCAGCAUCAUGGGCAGAUUGUCCUCCUCAACACUGAGGGGUAAGAUACAGAAUUUGCCUCUGUACCUGUCGCGGUCUCAGGAGAGCCUCCACCAGACUGGAGCAGGAAAUCUGAACCGAAGUCCUGCCGUGGACAAGAUCAGUAACGGUGCAGACGUCACACGAGCUGUGGACGAUCACAUGGACGCAGCUGCAGAAACAGUCAGUCAACAGUCAGACGAGUCCGAUUCCACAGUCACCGGUUCGGAGGUUGAUGGAGAGGUGGUAUGUGGCACAGCACCGGUGACGAAAGUUAACUCCCCGCUCCCAGUCCCAACUGAACCCCACCCACAAAACCAUAUUCCAUACUCAAUUCCAAACACAUCAGAACCCAUAACGGAGCCUCCACCCUCCAUGGUGAAGAUCUUCCACAGAGAAACCUCAGUCAUCAAGGACACUCCUGGACCAAUAACACAAGCUCCAGAGGCAAACACGUUCCAAGCCACAGAUGUAGACAGUUCAGGUCAUAAAAUGGUCAGUCAUUUACCCUCCACCCCAAAGGUGGUGACGACCCAGAAUCUAAACAGAGCUGGGCUUCCUUUUCACAAUCAGCUGUCCACAGUGAGUUGGACCAACAACCACAGGCCUCUGAUGGCUCUCUGUAGACCUCCAGAGCAGAAGUCAGACUCACCAGAGACCCUGUCCUCUGGCUGCAGGGUGUUCACCAUCUGUGAGGACUCGUGGCCGACAAAGACUCCAGCACAGCUCGGGACCAUGCUACCCUUAAAGUCUGGAUUCAGCUGCGGCUCCGCGCUAACGUCUGGAUGUGAGUCGGUCGUGGAGGGUCUGCAGGUUCCACUGGACGCUUGUGGCUGUCCAGCGGUCUACAGCAACUGCUUCAGUGGUGGAGACAGCUUCGAUGACGAGCUCACAGUCUAUGAGUUCUCCUGUCGCACAAGUCAGAAUAGUGCUGUGACCCAGACCUCUGCGCCUGUCUCCUCCCUCCUCUCCACUCCCCCCACACAUUCUCCUUCCUUCCCACGCUCCAUCCUCUUCUCCUCCUCUACCUCUGAGCUCAGCCCUCUUCUUUCCCCUCUCUCUGUCACCUCUGACUGUCACCUGUCCCAAACCCACAAAAACAUUAUCAGUCAGCUGGGGCAGCAGUGCUAUCCAGAACCCCCCAUUGGUUACCAGGAACUCCGCGUAGACGUUAACCAGCUGCUCUCCAUCCUAGAGCACAGCAGUGGUGAUCGACCGGCCGGAGGACACGGGGGACGGCACCCAAGGGACACCUGUCCCGCCCACUUUACAGAGAACAAGCGGAUUCUUCAGACGGAGGCUCGUCAUCUGAUGUCCAGCUGCCAGAAGGUCGUUGGGGUUGAGCAGAACCCAGGACAGAUGCUGAACUCUCUGGCCGACAGCUUCAGGACCCUGGUAGAGUUGGCCGGCGUCUGUCUGUGGUUCUCUGGUUGUGACAGGUGUGACCGCAGGAAUGUAGAGGCAGUCGCAGGUCUGGCCGACGUGGCCCGCUCAUUCAGGGACUUCUGUCUGGCUGCAGAAAGAGCCGGCAGCAAACGCAGCUGCCAGGACCUGAGCACCAAACUGUUGGCCAAACAAUGCACUGCUCUCACCGCCUCUGUUUUCUGCCUCACCCAGCUGUUCCGCACACUCACUGCAUUAUGAGCAGCUCAUGGAGACUGGUCAAGCAAACUGUAGCAGGUCGUCUUACACGUGGGC